AUGGCUGCGGCGCGACCUUCGUCGUUUCCCAUCCAGAGCGUCGUUGAAGAUGGGCCAGAAGAGCUUUCACAGACAGUACCUGGACGUACGAGGGGGCGUGAUGGACCCAAGAAGAAAAAAGCCAGUCGUGCCUGUGUGCAUUGUCAAAAGGCUCAUCUUACAUGCGACGACUCUCGUCCAUGUCAACGUUGUGUGAAGCGCGGUAUGGCAGACAGCUGCACUGAAGGACAUCGCAAAAAAGCAAAAUAUCUGCUUAACGAUGAAGAACUCGCCCAAACCAAGGGCUUCCGCGAGAAAUCGUCCGUUCCAGAGACCAACCUUGAACCUUUACCUCCGCCUCCAUUACCUUCUGCCCAACAACCUCCCUUUGACCCAAGCGAGGGAGUUUUCGACACUGUUCCCUUCGACCCCACCUUUCCCUUUGGCUCUGAAGCUGCCAAUCUCGAAUACUCUAUUCUCUCCGCUAUUCUCGGUAACCCGAGUCCCCCUGAUUCCACGAGCACCCCUUCGGCAGCACCUUAUGCCUCUUGGACGUCAGAAGACUCUAUGGACAUGGCUGCAUCACGCAACUUCUCUGAACAAUCGCUAGCCGUCCAACCGUCUGACACAACAAUGGCCUCGCCAACCACCACCUUCCUCUCAUAUCCAUAUCCACAACCACCCGAGCCAGCGCCAGCCCAAUAUCCUUCGCAGUUCCAGCAACCGCAAGAAUUGCACCCGCUUCAACCGCGAUUCCCACUCGACGGUCGGCCGCGCUCACCGCCAUUCUCCGACAAGUCUCCUCGAGCAAUGGUUGCGGCUUCCUUUAAUCAAGGAGGUUCUCAGUUGCAGAACAUCAAUGACCGUGUUACCAUGCCCUACGACUAUACUGAAGGUUACCACUUUCUCAUGAAACAUCUUCCCAGCAAGUUCGAGAAGAAUGACAUUCUCCGCAUCGUGCGCGCAUUGGCGAUAUUUCGGCCCUCUCUUAUCGCUCUCCAAAUGCCGCUCUCUUUCGACGACGAGGUCUUCGUAGAAAAAUGUUUUCAGAGGAUGCUGCUUGAACUUGAUAAACUAAUUUCCUUCAGCGGCACGCCCACUGUGGUCUGGCGCAGAACGGGCGAAAUUUGUCUGGCGGCACCUGAAUUUUGCAUGCUGACGGAAUGGUCGGUGGAAGAGCUAGUGGGUCGGAAAAAAUACAUCUACGAGCUUUUUGAAAACCAAUCCGUGGUCGAAUACUGGGAGAACUUUGCGUCACAUGCCUUUGAGAACACGACACAGUCUGUCUACUCGCAUUGUGUGCUGCUGAAACCAACCGGUGCACCAGUGCCUUGUACGUUCUGUUUCUCGAUACGGCGCGACCUAUUCGAUCUCCCCAGCGUAGUGAUUGGACAAUGGCUUCCCCUCCUGUAG